AUGGAACUUGGCAAAUGGGUUUCCAAUUCAUCACGUAUCAAUGACCGAGCUACUUCUACAACCGAGGUACAAGACAAAGGAUCCAAUCGUACAGCAAAGGUUCUUUGCAUUCAUUGGGAUCCAGAAGAGGAUACGUUAUCCUACAAAGUUUGCCUUACACCAAACCCGGACAACACCAAACGCCAAGUGCUUUCUGACGUGGCACGCAUCUUUGACCCGCUACGUAUUCUGUCGCCAGUGGUGGUGCAGUUUAAAAUUUUGUUUCAAGAAUUGUGGUUACUCGAUCUCGGCUGGGACACGGAGCUUCCUCCAAAAAUUACUGACUGGUGGAACAAAUGCCAUAACCCUGGCAAGGAAGAAGUCAAGUCCACCGCAUUAACCACUCAGCAAGGCGGCUCAUUUUCACCAAUCGAAGUGUUGACUCAGCGGGUCUCGUCCUGGACAAAACUGGUUCACGCUGUAGCUUACGCAUCACGCUUCCUCCAAAGGACCAUGGCCAUUAAAACUGUAGCGCUGACAAAUGGGACAAGGCUCACCUAUGAAGAGAUUCAGGCUGCUCGCAUUCUUUGCCUGCAAGAGGUUCAGAAAUGCUUCAUGGAGGAUCGUAAUCUUCUGGCGGAAAAUAAACAACUUCGCAGCCGCUCCCAGUUGAUCAAGCUCCCACCGUUUGUCGGCAAGGAUGGCCUCCUUCGAGUUGGUGGACGCUUGGGCAACUCACAAUUACCAGCAUCGCACCGCAUCACAAGGAUGAUUUUGGAACACGAACACAUAGCAAAUCUACAUCCGGCAGUGUCUGCUUUGUUUCACUCAGGCUGCGAUUACGCUGGACCAUUCAUCCCCAAGGAAAGGAGAGAGCGCAAUCCCCGAAAAACUAAGGGCUACAUACUCUUCGUCUGCCUUGUAACAUCAGCCAUACACUUGGAACUGGCCACUAAUCUUAGCACAGACACAUUCCUGGCAUGUCUUCGGCGUUUCAUGUCCCUUCGAGGAAAAUGUUCGCAAAUCUUCAGCGACAACGGCACGAAUUUUGUUGGUACAAAAAGGGUUCUAGAUAAGAUUCAGCAACACCUAUCUUCGCAGGAUCAUCAACACACCGUAACUCAAUCGUUGGCCAAUGAUGGAAUUAAGUGGAGUUUCAUACCUCCCCAUUCGCCACAUUGGGGAGGGAAGUGGGAGUCAUCAGUACGUUCAGUUAAAUUACAUCUGAGACGCGUCGUGGGAAAAGCCGUUCUAACCUUUGAACAGAUGCAAACUCUGAUUGUUCAGAUCAGUGCAGUGCAUUUACAAUCAAUGUACCAGGGCUUUUGGAAGCGCUGGCACCAGGAAUAUUUAACAUCGCUGCAGCAACGUCAAAAGUGGAACAACAAGGAACAUAACAUCGCAGUAGGCAGUGUAGUUCUGGUAAAGGACUCAAAUCUCCCACCCGCAGUUUGGAUUCUCGCCCGUGUAUUGGAGGCUCAUCAUGGACCAGAUGGACUUGUACGCGCUGUGAAACUUAAGACGUCUACUGGAGAGAUGACGCGACCCAUCACCAAGCUACCUUUGCUGCCUAAUUCAGAAACCAUGUUUCAGGGCGGCCCGGGAUGUUGA